AAAAGCUUCACGGUAUUGCUGCUGAUACUGGCCGGGAGUAAAGGCGUUUUAGCAGCCCUGGAAGGCGUUUUGAGGUCCAGGGGCAGCCAACAACAGCUUCGAGAUCGCCUGGAGUGAGAGGCGUUUGGAGGUCCAGCGGCAGCGAACAACAGCUUCGUGAUGCCCGCCUGGCCAGCGGCGGCCCUGGCUGCGGCUCUGGCCGUGCUGUUCUUCUGGUCCCAACCAAGGGCCGGUGACGGGCCGACGGUCGACCCCGGGGCGGGCGCAGCCGCGGCGGCGCUGCGCCGGGCGACGGGCAUCGACCCCGCGGCUCCGGUCUGGGGCGCGCCCUUCCGCGAGCUGGCCGCGCUGUACGACGGCGCCGAUCCGCCGCUCGAGGCGCUCGGCGUGUCGGCCAAGUUCUCGAACGGGAAAGCCGCCACCGCGCGGUACUACGUCGCGCUGGAGCUUCCGGGCGUGGGAGGGCACCUGCCGCGCGACGCCCAGCGCCGCGCGGCCGCGCGCACGGCCGCCGCGCUCAAGGCGCCACCGCUCGUCGACGCCUGGCUCGAGGUGCUCGCCACGGAGGCGCCGCCGCCGGUCUACGGCUUCGGAGUUGACGCGGACGCGGGCGCCGCGAAGCUCUACGUCCAGAACCGCGACGGCGCGGCCCUACCCCAGCUACCAGCGGCCGCAGAGGCGGCGAUGCCGCCAGUGUUUAGCAGCGGCACGCGGGAGCCGCCGCGCACGCUGUCGCUCGAGUGGCGCGUGGGCGAGGCGACGACGGCGCUGCGCCAGUACGCCGUCGGGGCCACAUCGGACGGCACGCCGCGGCCGGCGCGCGACAGCUUCAUCACCGUCGGCGGCGGCCAGCUGGCCGAGGCGCUCGAGGCGGCGGCCGACGCCCACGCGGCAUCGAUUUACGACGUGUCCGUGACCGGCUUCUUCCGGGCAGACGGCCCGGCGCCGCUCGCGCGCGCCGAACGCGCAAAGAUUGGUCUCGCAUUCGAGCGGUGGCCAAACGUCGAUGCGCUAGCGUCUAUCUUCGAGGCCUCCGGCGUCGAUGCGACCGCAGCGGCGCGCUGGGCGCAACGGUCGGCAGCCGCAGGACACUCGAUUACGAAUAUGGAGGUCGGGCGCGGCGCCGUCGCGCUCUACAGCCACCCGACGCGCUUCGACUUCUUCGACGGCGCCGCGCCCGCGCUACACGCCCAACCAGCUGCGCCGCGGGGCGUGGCACCCUACGUGUGGCCGGCGCCGCCGGCGGAGCUCAUGAUGCGCUCCGAGACGACUGUCGUCCGCGGCAGCCCGUCGGCCGACGCGACGGUCGCGGCAGCCUACGCGCCGUUCUUCGGCCGGGGUGCGCUGGCGCACGAUGCGCUCACCGUGACGCCCGCGGCGGCGGCGGCGCGGCACGUCGAAGACCUCGCGGCGCGGCUCGGCUGCGUCGCGUCCGGCGGAUGCGCGGAGCUGGGCCACGACGGGACGGGCGCGCCGCUCGCCGAGGAGGUCGAGUCGGCGGUGCUGCGCGUCGAAAACCUCAAGGGCGGCUUCGACGCGACGGGCACGGCCUACGAGCAGAUCCUCGCGCCGUUUCCCCUUGACGCGCACACGGCGCACGUGUACGCCUCGGCGCGCGGGCGGUCGGCGCUCGCGAGCCACACGGACACGACGGACGUGCCCGUCGGUGCCGAGAUCACUAGUUAUCUCCGCGAGAGUUUCUUGUCGAACAACGCUCUCAUUUCCUUACCGGUUGAUUCCACGCAGAUUCUCGUGCUCCAGCUCAGCGGGGCCAAGGAGUGGCGCCACUGCCGCACGAAGCGCUCGGCGUCGUGCACGACGUACGAGGACGACGACCUCGACGACCUCGCCUGCGAGACAGUCGUGCUGGAGCCCGGCGACGCGCUGUUCCUGCCGCGCGGCGUCGUGCACGGCGCCGUCGCGGUCGACGCCGCGUCCGUGCACCUGACUGUCGGCAUCGGCGGCCACCGCUGCGAGGCGCGCCGGCAGCUCCAGGGCGUCGUGUGUAUAGGAGGCAGCCAUUCCACAUCUUGUCCUGCGGGCACGUUCAACGAGGGCUCGGGCUCAUACAUCGCGUCGGACUGCGACGAGUCCUGCGACGACUAUUCAAACAGUUGCGACUCAGAAUGCGACACGUGCACCGGAUGCGAGUCGUGUUCGGAUCGCGAGGAAGACGUGUGCGCCGCCGGCGGGAAGGUCCUUCUCGGCUGCGGCGGCGCUGAAGCGGGCACGUGCGUCCCGGCGCCGACGCCUGCACCGACGCUGACGCCGACGUUAUUUCCCACGCCUGCCCCGACGUUGGUCCCGACGACGUCAGCGCCGAGCCCCGCGCCAACGCCGGCCCCGACCAUAUCCCCUCCCCCGAGCAGCGCGCCGACCGAGCUCUGCAGAGACUACUUGCUGAAUGGGUUCAACAACGAGGAUUUGAACGGCCACUACGAGUACGUCACGAUGACGAGCGACGGCCGGCCGAUCUACGCCUCGACCAGCAGCACGCAUUACCUCUUCUACGACGCGAGCUGCGGCGACGGCCGCGACGCGCCCUGGAGUAGCGGCUGGUUCGUGGGCUCGACGUUUCCGAACUCGCUCGCCUGGUCGCCGCAGCCGACGGCGUCGGCCGCGCCGACUACGGUGCCAACGGUCGAGCCGACGGCCGUGCCGACGGUAGCGCCGACGACGACGGUGGUGCCGACGACCGCCGCGCCCAGUAUGUUCGUGUACGAGAUGGACGACACCAGCAUCCGCACGGCACUCGCGGCGUGGCUGGCAGAUGCGACGGCCGCCGAGGCAAAGUACGGCCGCAUUUUGAAUUGGGACACAUCAGGGGUGACGGACAUGUCGUAUUUGUUUUGUGGGGGCGGUUCGGGCUAUUGCAACUCGGCAGUGGCGUCCUUCAACGAGGACAUCGGAGCGUGGGACACCUCCGGCGUCACAGACAUGGGCGCCAUGUUCAGAGGCGCCUAUGCCUUCGACCAGGACAUCGGCGCGUGGGACACCUCCGGCGUCACAACGAUGGACUACAUGUUCAGCGGUGCCUCGUCUUUUAAUCAAGACAUCGGCGCGUGGGACACCUCGGGCAUCAGAACCAUGAACUCCAUGUUCCGCAGCGCCUCGGCCUUCGACCAGGACCUCAGCUGGUGUGUGGACGGCGACGUGAGCCUUCAUAGAGCGUUCGAGAACACCCCGUGCGCGUCGACGUCGUGCGGCGUCACGAAGAGCAGCGCCUGCGGUCGACGCCUGCAAGCCGAAACUUGGGCGAGGGGCUGGCGCGAGAUGGCCCAGAUGACAGGGACGCAACCGGACGCCAACUUUGGGUGGGCGGUGGCGAUGGAGGGCGAGAUCAUAGCGAUCAGCGCCCCGUGCAUCAAUUGUUGGGCGUCUUCCUACACCACGGGGCGGCGCACCUACGUCUUUCUCGCCUCCACUAGGUCCGAUGGCAGCCUAAGCUACAACGAGGUGGCCAAGCUCCCUGGCGGUACCGCGCUCGCGCUCGAUGGCAACGUCCUGGCGAUUACUACCUGUGGGCCCGGCUCAGGCUGUGCUGGCACAGCGUACGUAUAUCGCACAUUAGAUGGCGGUGCAAGCUGGACCGAGGUGGCCAAGCUAGGGAAUGGUUAUUUGGUGGCGCUUUCCGGCAACGUCCUGGCAGUCUGCUCGGGCCGAUUGUACGUAUACCGCACACUAGAUGACGGCGAGAGCUGGAGCCAGACGACCGAUCUCGUCGGCGGAUCUUCGGUGGCGCUCGCUGGCGACGUGCUGGUGGUCGGCAGCACAAGCGACGAGCACGCCAGGGUGCUCCUGACCUCCGAUGGCGGCACGAGCUGGAUUCAGACCACCACACUGACAGCGAGCGACGGGAGGGUCGGCAACGGUUUUGGAUACGCAUUGGCGCUCGACGGUGAUGUCCUGGCAGUCAGUGCCGUUCACGCCGGAACCGGCGGUGCGGUCUACGUGUUCCUCGCGUCGAACGGUGGCUCCAGCUGGAACGAGGUCGCCAUACUGACCGCAAGCGACACCGUGGCAAAUGACUAUUUUGGGCGCGCGCUGGCGCUCGAUGGCGACGCCCUGGUGAUCGGUGCCGCCCAUAACAGUCAUCACGGCCCUUCGCACGAUGGGGCGGGGGCCGUCUACGGUUUCACAGCGUCGGACGGUGCCUUGGAUUGGAGCUACGAAGGCAAGCUCACCGCGAGCGACGGACGAGGGGGGUGGCCGGCGGAUUGGUUCGGUCACGGGCUGGCGCUCUCUGGUGAUACGCUGGCGGUCGGGGCGCCCCAAUGUAGUGCGGGCGACGGUUGCCCCACUCCGGGCAAAGCUUAUGUGUUUAAGACAGGCCUCCCGUCGGCCGCACCGACCACCAGUCCUGCGCCGAGUCCUGCGCCAACGACUAGUUUCGAGCCGACACUGUCUCUACAGCCGACCGCAGCGCCGACGCGCCUCUGCCACUACGAAGCGCACGCCUACAGCGGCGAAGCGUUCCCGUGGGGCGAAGUCGCGUGGAGCGAGCGACUCGACGGCGGCGUGGUGCACGAUGACCGGACCGUGACGGCCGAGUGCGGCACCUUUGGGCCCACUUCGGUUCCGUCGCCGGCUCCGACCAUAUCCUCUCCCCCGAGCAGCGCGCCGACCGAGCUCUGCAGAGACUACCUGGCGUCUGGGUUUCACGACGACGAUUUGAACGGCCACUACGAGUACGUCGCGAUGACGAGCGACGGCCGGCCGAUCUACGCCUCGGCCAGCAGCACGCAUUACCUCUUCUACGACGCGAGCUGCGGCGACGGCGGUUGGUUCGUGGACUCGGCGUUUCCGAACUCGCUCGCGUGGUCGCCGCAGCCGACGGCCGUGCCGACGACGACUGCUGCGCCGUCAACGGCCAUCCCCACGGUAAGCGCGGCGCCCACGAUCGCGCCCACGACGGGGACCAAAAGUAUCGCGUGCGGCGAGACGCGAUAUGAAUCCACGACCGGCGCGGCGCACUGGCUCUCGGGCAACGACGCGCCCGACCAUUUCUACAUCAUCAGGCCCUCCGAGACGGCAUACUACCACUUCUCGACGUGUGGCUCCGACUACGACACCAUGCUCUACCUCUACAGCGUCGUCGGCUACGAGGCGAAUACAUGCCUCCGAUCGCCCGCGCCGCACGCCGGCGCGGUGGAUCUCAUCGGCGAGUGGGACGACCCUGGCGAGGAAAUAUGCACGAGCGCUGGCAGCCGCGGGAACCUCGAGGACGUCUGGACCUCCCAGCCGCUCCAGGCCGGCGCCACGUACGUGCUGCAGGUAACCGGCUAUUCGGAGCACGGCGGAGCACUCGAGACGGACUGCGACACCGACCACGCGCGCGACGCGGGCGCAGCGGGCAACUACGUGCUCACCGUCGGAUGUGGUUCGGAGCCAGACGAGGGCGGCACGUUUACGAUCACAAGCUCGAACGUGCACUGGGACGAAUGUUACGGCGAAUGCGCCGCAAUCGGGGGCGAGUUUUCUUGUAUCAGCGACGAGUCGCAGAACGAGCAGGCCUAUAAGGCGUUCGGCGGCAGCUGUCCCCAAGGGGCGACCGAAUGCGGGGCGUGGCUAGCGGUGACCGACGAGGCCUCGGAGGGCAGCUGGGUCUGCCAGAGCGCAUAUACGGCCCAUAAAGGCUGGUGCGCCAACGCACACAAUUCCGACGUUGAUGAUACGGAAUACGGGUGCAACGGUAGGGAGGACUGCGACGCGGACGAUAGUUGCGUGGCCUACGAGGCGGCCACCGCGGCCAGCACGGACGCCACCUGCACUCGAAAUCCGGAAGCCGUAUCGGGCACAGGAGACGACGAGGGCAGUACUUGCUUCGUGAAGACAAAGGCUGGCGGCAGCACGCAGAACUACCUCCCCUGGUCUAGCUGGGAACCAAACGGCGGCACCCGUGAGAACUGCGUCAAUAUCUGGGGACCAAACGGGCGUGACCGAGCCUGGAACGACUAUCAAUGUUCGGAGUCUCUGUUCCCUUGCGUCUGCCAGAUGGGCGGCUCCUCGGACGAGGGCGGCGGUGCCUGCACGGCGUGGGGCUACCAAUCUGAAGACCAGCUGGCGUGUUAUGGCAGUGUCUCGGGCAUGACCUACGACCUAGACCAUCCCUGCUGGCAUGAGCUCGACGCAAACCCGACGUGCUGCAACUAUUGCGGGCCCUGGACAUCGUCCGAAUAUGAGAGCACGUGCUCUGCCCUGGAUAUUAUCCGCGUCUCGACCGGCUGCUGCUUUAGUGUGCAGGACUCGUCGGGCAGAGAGCAUCACUACGACCAAGACCAGAACUUUUGCUACAAUGGAGUUGGCUGCGACAGUGUACGUUCAGUCAAGGUUUAUGACUGCUCAGGUGGGGACGAGGACGAGGGCGAGGACGACGAGGACAUGGCGGCGUGCCUCGCGUGCGUGAACAUGGAGUGCGAGGGCAACGAGCCGCACUCGGAGAUUUGUAGUGAUUGCUUCGGGGAGGACUGCGACGAGUGCCGCGACGCCGUCGGGGAGAGCGAGCUUGCAGCGUUCGUGAGCGGCGGCUGCGACUUCGACGACGGCUCGGACAUCGGUCGCUGGUUCCGGGACGAGGGCUGCGGGUCCCUGCGCGGCUGCUGUCCGAUCACCAGGAAUUUCUGCACGAACGACGCCUCGCUCCCGGACAACUGCAAUUGUGGGGAUUGUGGUUAUCCUGCUUGUGGUGACUGCGACUGCGAUGACUACGGCGACGACCACUGCUGCACGGGCAGCCCGGGCAGCUGCAUCAAGCUGUACGACGUCGAGACCGACAAAUGCGAGUGGGAGACGUACGAGCACAGCGGCGACCUCGACGCCUGCCGGGCCAAGUGCGCGGCGCGGUUGGACUGCUAUGCGAUCCAGUACGAGUCAAGCGGAAGCAGCUGGUGCGACGGCUGCACGGGGUCUACGGAUGCGGUCGGAGCCGACCUGUCGCUCUGGGCCGACACGUCGGGAGGUGUCCACGUCGAAAGCCGCGAGUGCUUCGCUGGCACCGUGUCAUCUUCCGGAAAUGCGUUUCAUCUAAGCCCGUCACGCAUGUCGCAGCCAGAUUGUGUCAACUACUGCAGUGCGCUUGGAGGGACGCUUGCAUGCAUCAAUAAUGCUGCGGAAAACAGCGCGGCACUUGCCAUUCUUGAUGUUGGUAUUGACACUUCUCGGACAGAUACUCCCGGUUGGGUUGGUGCAUGGAUCGGACUGACGUACCAAGGCAGUGGGCACCGGUGGCCGCUCGGUUGCUCCAGUACUUUCACAUUCUGGCAACCAGGUGAGCCAAAUGGUGGAGCUGCAUCGCCUUUUGUAGAGAUGUACACCAGUUCAACCCCAGGCAAAGGUGCUGGUCGAUGGAAUGAUCAUGACAGUAGUUAUUCAUUGCAGUGUCUGUGCAGUACAACGGCUUCUAGCGCCACUCCGUCCGGUUCAAGCGACGACAUGAUGUUCAGCUACUUUCCGGGCCCGGCGACGCACGCAAGCGCUCGGGCAGCGUGCCAGGCGCUCGGCGGCGAUCUUGCGAGUAUUCAUAGUGCCGAGGAAAACGCAGCGGCGUUCGCACUGACCGGCGGUAAAUCGACGCGCAUCGGACUGACGGACGCAGCGGCCGAGGGGACGUUUGUGUGGGACGACGGCACGCCGCUCGACUACGAGGCGUGGAACGGCGGCGAGCCGAACAGCUACGGCGGCGACGAGGACUGCGUCGGCUAUCUGCACGGGGCGGGUGACCGUUGGCACGAUAUCCGCUGCGACAUCACGUCGGAUCGAACCGACCUUGGCUACAUCUGCCGCUCGCCAUGCACAGCCGAGCGUGGCCCCGUCGAAGUCUCCGGCUCCUGCGCGUCCUUCAACUGCUACGAAGACUCACACAUUAAUGGCCACGACAUCACGUGCCAGUCGGGCUUGAGCCAGGCUCAAUGCGUAGAUCUCUGCUGUGCGGAGGCGGAGUGUCUCGGAUUUGAUUACAGCGCCUCGGACUCAAGAUGCUGUACGAGCUCCGUUUCCCGCGCCGUAAGCUUUGACCAGAACGCGGGAAGCGGCUACUUGAGCUGCGAGAAGAAUGACGUCACGUGCGGCUUCUCGGAGGACCGCAAAUUGAGCGCCGAGGGCGGCGACUCAGGCUCUGCUAGCGGCUCCUUCGUGUACGUCGAUCAAGCGAAGAGCUUCGACGAUGCGCGCGCGUACUGCCGCGCGUACUAUCACGACCUCGCGUCGAUCCACAGCUCCAGCGAGAAUGCGGCAGUUGCGGCGCUUUGUCCCGGUGAAUGCUGGAUCGGGGGCUCCGAUGCGGCCCAGGAGGGCACGUGGACUUGGUCGGACGGCACCGCGUGGGACUACGAGAACUGGGAAAGCGGCGAACCCAACAAUCAUGACGGCGACGAGCCAUACACCGUGAUUUUACAUAACAGCAAAUGGAAUGACGAGAACCGCUAUGGUAGUUACCAGUUCGUGUGCGCGACGUCGGCCUCGGGUCCACACGUGCUAAAAAGCGCGCUGACCGUCGGGGGUCUCGCGCUCGAGGCGGCGGAGCCGCACGCUGGGGUCUUGGUCUCCGCGAUCGCGAGCAUGGCCUCCGUCGCCCAAUCUCAGGUGUCCGUCGAGAUUGAGGUUACGACCAUGCCCAAAUGCGCGGCCACCUUUUGCUCCAACGAAGACGGCUCCGGUACCUGCUGCACCCUCCCGGCAGGUCGGUACGGGAACUGCGAACGGUGCGAUAGUCAUCCAAACAGCGUGCUCACCUCGGCACCGUGCCCAGGAAAUGAUCAGAUCUCGUACGUGCGUGUCGAGGGCGCAGCGGCGUGCGGCGCCUGGGUCCACGAGCAUUGCCCAGAUUGUGGUGGGCGCCACGAUUUCCUCGAUGGCCCAGGCGUGUACCGCGCCUCUAGCGGCGACUUUAACGACAAUACACUCUCGGACGCGACCAUCGGAUGCGUCGUGAACGGCGCCGUCACGGAGCAGGACUGCGGUUCAGGCGAUGCCUCCUUCACGGAAUUUUUAUUCGUCGCCGACGUGGGUUCGUGGUCGAACGGUCGCGCGCAGUGCCAGAGCCGUGGCGGCGAUCUGGCCACCAUCCACAGCGCCGCCGAGGAUGCGGCGGCGAAGGCAGUCGUUCCGUCCGGCUCGAGCGCGUGGAUUGGCCUGUCCGACACGACCACAGAAGGCUCGUACGCCUGGGUCGACGGCAGCGCUCUCGACUAUGUCAACUGGGCGGGCGGCGAGCCCAAUCAAUCGGGCGGCAACGAGGACUGCGCUGGCUUCUACAAGGGCCACUCCAGUGGUUGGGCGGACGGUAACUGCGACGAGUGGGAGGGAGCCGAUCCAGUGGGCGCCGUCUGCAGCAUCCCCGGUUCGUCGACGGGUUCAGACGAUUACGAUUACUGGGAAGCACUCUGCCCGGAAUGCGGCGACGAGCACAACUGCGCGGCGGCGGCGGAAUGCCAUGGGUGGUGUUGUAGUACGUGGGGCGAGUGCUGCAGCGAGGACGAGGACGAGGUCUGUUCGAACCCGACGUGCCCCGACGCCAGCGCCGCGACGUGCUGCGAUAUCGAUGGAGACUGCGACGACGGCGACGACGACUGGUGCUGUGGCACCGAUUUCCUGUGCACGAACGAUUCGCCGGACUGGGCCGCGCAGCAGGGCGGCGUGCUCUGCUGCUCGCUCGGCCACGCGCCGACGCCGACGACCCUUCUCGCGAUCACAUACUCGAUCCGCGCCGACUCGUUCUACACCGCAUUAGCGCUGGCCAAAAUCCUCGAAGACGUGAGCCCGAGCCAGGUGGAUACGUACGUCCAGGCAGCGGCUUCGGCCGCGGGCGCAUCGGGAGCGUUCGCGGCGUUCUCCACGCUUCUGGUCUCCGAGGUGGUCGUUGUUGAAGCCCUCCCAGCGCCGACCUGCCACUACGAAGCGCACGCCUACGGCGGCGAGGCUUUUCCGUGGGGUGAAGUCACGUGGAGCGAGCGACGCGGCGGGGCGAGUGAGGACCGGGCCGUGACAUUCGAGUGCGGCACCUUUGGGCCCACGUCGGUUCCGACGGCCGUACCAUCGUCGGCCCCGACGGCCGCGCCGACGGCCGCGCCGACGACUGCGGUGCCGUCGCCGGUGCCGUCGCUCGCGCCGACGACCAUAAAUUACCGCCUGGCGGACUUCUCGGCGACGCCGCCCGCGGAACUGGCCGAGGCGGCCUUUACGGGGACGGGUCUCAAGGUAGAGCACCUGGUCGUCAACCUCACGGUCCCGGCGACCGAGCCCGUCCACGUGUCGCUGAGCGCGUGGGAGCAGGGCGGCGGCGGUUUUCGCGGCAGGCGGAGAAAGGGCGGCGGUGCCCUCCGCUUCUACGACGAGGACCCAGAUAACCCGGGCUACGCGCUCGUCUCCGACCGCGGAAGAGCCUUCGUCACGAAAAUCAUUCCCGCCGGCGACACUAUUCUCACCCUCGCCGCCGGCGCGCUCCGGGACCGCGUCAAUAACGGUCAGAGUGUCGUGCAGACCAUCACGGUCUCCCUCGACUCGGACGAUGCGAUCUACGGCCGCGAGCGAAACUUUAUCGGGUCGUUCGCCGUGACGGUGCUGGACGUCGACGAGUCGCUGAUCGAGGUGAACAAAUUCCUGGCGACGACGGACCCCGUCACCUCCGCCGCGGCGGCCCUCACGGCGAAAGCAAAGGAGAACGCCGCGGCCUUCGUCUUCACGGCGGCGCUGACGAGCCGGCCGUUUUCCGCCGUGCGCCUCGAGGUCAAGGGCGACGUCGACGCGUUUGCGAGCAUCUCCGUCGACGGCGCCGACGGAGGGAACCGCACGGUCGAGCCCGCCGACUGGGCCUCGGCCGCGACGUACGAGUUCCGCGUCGCCGACGACGCCGUGCUCUCCGGCGACCGCAACUACUCCGUAUGGUUCGUGGCGCGCUCGGACGAUGCUAAUUAUGACGGCCGACGCUCGGCUACGAUGACGUGCCAAGUCAUCGAGGACGACGUCGCCUUCGCCACCGUGAGCGGCAAGGCGCUGACGGUCGGGGCCGGCGUCGACGGUCCGACGUUCAGCGACGGCUACUGGAUCACGCUCUCCGCGCCGCCGACGGCUGACGUCAUCGUGUCGCUCGGCUGCGCCGACACGAACGUGUUCAACACGAAGCGGCUCUUGUUUACGCCGGACAACUGGGAUCGGAAGUACGUGGCCGUCAACGCCUCUCUCGCAGACCCAGACGUCCUGGAGGGCAGGACGGCCACGCUCACGCACUCCGUCGCCUCCUCCGACGCCUUCUUCGACGGCCUCGCCGUCUCCGACGUCGAGAUCGCCGUAGAGUUCUCGGUGGAUAGUGUGCCGCCGCCCAAGCUAGAGCUUGUGCGGUUCCUGGACGGCGGCAACGGCCUCGACGUGCUCUUCGACAGCCCGACGAACAUGAUCGACGGCGAGUGGGAUAUUGAUUGCGCUACGCUCUUCGAGUACGCGGCGCAGCAAUUCGGCGCGGACGGUACGUGCGCCUGGACGAACUCGAGCGCGCUGCGCGUGACGUUCGGCGCGGGCGCCCAGAUAGUGCCGUUCGACUACGUGGCCGCGACGGAGAAGAACGCCGCGUGGCUCAAGGGCGGCGUGCUGAAGAACGACCUCGACGGCGCGACGCUCACGAGCGCCGCCCAGUACGCCGAGGCCCAAAAGCCGCUGCAUCCCGUGGCGCCGGCGGUCUCGAUCACGGCGCCGGAGAGCGUCGGCGUCUGCGACGGCGUCGUCCUCGACGCGCGCGGCGCCACGGGCGGCGGCUCGCGAGCUCUGACGUACAACUGGGGCGUGCUGACGAGCUGGGACGCCGAGACGGACGCCGACAUGGCCAGCGUGGCGGCGCUCAAGGCCAAGCUCGCGGCCGCCGACGCCGCUGGCGCCGUGACCCUGGGCCUCGCCUUCGACGACCUCCUCGCGGGCCGGGCCUACGACUUCCUCAUCACCGCGACGAAUUUUCUCGGCGUGACGACCACGGCCUACGCGACCGUCGACAAGCUGGCCUCGCCGGCGCCGAGCGUCCAGUUCCAGAGCGCCGCGACGCAGACCAUGGUUCGGUCCGACAAAAAGUCGCUCAAACUCGACGUCGCGCUGCCCAAGCUCGCCUGCGUCGACGCGAACGUGUCGUCCACGGCGCUGGGCUUCGCCUGGCGCGCGUGGCGGCUGGCGGGGGCGACGUACGUCCGAGACAUCCCGGACUUGGCGGAGUACACCGCCAACCCCAUGUCGUGUCGCCUGCCGGCGGACGCCCUGGCCGCGCAGACGACCUACAAGUUCCAGGUGACCGUCGGCUUCGCGGACACCAUGACGAUUAACAGCUCCGCUACUACCACGAUUGUUGUCGGGUCGCAGGUCCUCGUCGCGUCCAUCUUAGGCGGCGUCGAGCAGGCCGUGGCGAUCGGCGCCACCACCGAGCUGGACGGGUCCGAGUCGUACGACCCCGACGAGGAGGGCGCGCUCGCGUACGCGUGGACCGCGGCGCGCGUGCUGGACGACGGGAGUAGGGAAGACGCGAACCCAUUACUCGCUUCCGCGGACACGACGCAAUCCGUCCUCGCGUUUACGCCGACGACGGCGGCGGGCUGGGCGAGCGACACUUCGUACGAGUUCACGCUGACGGUCUCGCAUGGCGCGCGGAGCGCGGCCUACAGCGUGCUGGUGUCGGUCUCGUCGGACCAGUACAUGCCGCGCGCGACGGUCACGGGCUUCGACGAGAGCGUCAAGUACAAUCCCACGGAGGACACGUUCGCUGCGAUCUAUUUCGAGGCGACGUCGCCCGAUCCCGGUAGAACGAUCGAACAAACCGCCUGGUCCGUCGGCGCCGGGCAGUCCGCGGGCCUCCUCGGCAAGCCCAGCGGGGCGCCGUCUCCCAUGCUCAUCGACCUCGGCAAGACGCGGCCCAACGCCGUGUAUCGGCUGAGACUUACGGUCACGGACAGCAUCGGGUCGACGUCCUCGACCGUCGUCUCCCUGACGACGAACGGCCCACCCACCUCGGGCACGUUCGCCGUCGCGCCGUACCGGGGCACCGCCCUGGAGACGGAGUUCGAGUUCCUGCUCGACGGCUGGUCCGACGACGUCGACGACUACCCCCUCACGUACACGUACGGGUAUCGGCUGGUCCAGGACGCGGCGCUGACGCCGCUGGUUGCGGACCAGUACGCGAGCGCGUGGUUCCUUACGACACUGCCGCAAGCGCCGAAUGUCAACAUCACGUGUGUUGGCCGCGUCUUCGACCGCUACCUGUCCUACGCGCAAGCCUUCACGCCCGUGCGGGUGGACCCGCUCGAGAUCUCGACCGAGGACCUCUCGGCGUUCGCUGGCGAUCUAUUGUCAGCGUCGGCGGACACGGGCGAUGGCGAGGCGUCGCUGUCACUGGUCUCGAACGUGGCGAGCGUCUUAGGCGGGACCGACGCGAGUCGCCGGAGACUUUCCGCCAAACAGGAGUUGAUCGACGACCUGAUGGCCCACACGAUUAGCGCGGCGAGCCUGGUGGGCACGGGCUCGUCCGCCGCCGCGGCGGCUCAGGUCCUGUCCACCGUCUCGAGGCUCACCGGGGACCCCGACUCUCUCUCUGAGAGCUCGCAGACGGGCGCGCUCGGGCUGCUCAGCGACGUCGUCGGCGGCGCGGCGGGGAGUGGCUUCGACGCCGACACGGCCGCGUCGACGGCGGCUACGGUCUCGAGCCUCCUGGAUGCGAGCCUGUUCGCGUCCGGCAUGGUGGACGCGCGGCGGGCGUUGGGGGCCGCUAACGCCGACCUGGGCGGGCAGAUCGCCGGCACGGUGGGGGCCCUCGCCACCGGCAUGAUCGCGGGCGCCUACGGCGGCCAGAACAGGAGCGUCGUCACGGACAACAUGGAGCUUCGCGCCUUUCGGACCGACUGCGGGACGCGGGACGCAGCGUUUCGAUUAUUCUCGGGGACAGGCGUGGCAAACCUGCCCGCCUCGGCCCUCGACGCCGCCGGGGGCGGCAGUUGCGACGCCGGGGCGGCGGGAGCACCGGCCGACGUGGACGUGAAGGUGGCCCGACUGAAGAACGUCUACGCUUCUGAGGGCGACGGCACCAUCUCGGACCUGCUGCAGAUCGAGCUCGGCGGCGAAGGCACCACGGUCAAGAUUGAUAAUCUCGCCGAACCCAUCGUGUUUGACAUCCCGUUCGACUACGACCCGGCGCUCGAGGACGACUACGACCAGGGCACGGACACGGGCCUGUGUUCGGAUCAGUCCCAGGUCCUGACCUUCAACUGUGAUGUGCCCACGACCUUCGACUGCGGCGGGUCUGAAGACCCGCGCGACGUCACCGUGAAUUGUCCCACCAAGGCGGCUUCGUGCUCGUUCUGGGAUAAUGCGACGAGAAGCUGGUCCUCCGACGGCUGUUCCGUCGUCGCGAACACGGCGUCCGGCGUGACGUGCGCGUGUACGCAUCUGACCGACUUCUCCGCCUCGACGACCGCCCCGGACGCGGACGUCGUCGUGAGCGUCCGAUACCCCACGCCAUCGCCGACCACACCGUCGCCGACGUCGAGCCCCACGACGUCGUCGCCGGGCCCCUCGCCGCAACCGACGUCGACGCCGACGCUGCGGCCGACGCCCGCGCCCAGCGUGGUCCCCGUGCAGUCGCCAACGCUGAGGCCUACCGCUGCGCCGGAAGCCGCUCCAGUCGCGGCGCCCGUGCCCACGUCUCAAUCGACACCUCUCGUCUCGUGACCGUGUGGAAACCAUCGAGCUAGUCGUCGCGUCGAUGGCGUGGAGGUCGACGCUAAGGGCGCCGGCCCGGGAAAUCCAAUUUCUGCACAGGUCUGCGACCAAGGGGGCGGGUGCAAGAUCCUCAUCAUCAGCACUGGUAAAGUGAACUUUAGAGGAGACAGGAGCGAGGCUUGGUGCACGAACCAAGGAAACAACCCGAACAAGGAGACGCUCUGGUGCGCCGAUGCGGAUCCGACACCCGCCCGUGCCUCAACCGACACCUCUCGUCUCGUGACCGUGUGGAAACCAUCGAGCUAGUGGCGCGUCGAUGGCGUGGAGGUCGACGCUAAGGGGGCCGGCCCGGAAAUCAAUUUCUGCACAGGUCUGCGACCAAGGGGCGGGUGCAAGAUCCUCAUCAUCAGCACUGGUAAAGUGAACUUUAGAGGAGACAGGAGCGGGAGCUUGGUGCACGAACCAAGGAAACAACCCGAACAAGGAGGCGGCUGGUGCGCCGAUGCGGAUCCGACACCGUGCCCACGUGCUCACCGACACCUCUCGUCUCGUGACCGUGUGGAAACCAUCGAGCUAGUGGCCGCGUCGAUGGCGUGGAGGUCGGCACGCUAAGGGCGCCGGCCCGGGAAAUCAACUUCUGCACAGGUCUGCGACCAAGGGGCGGGUGCAAGAUCCUCAUCAUCAGCACUGGUAAAGUGAACUUUAGAGGAGACAGGAGCGAGGCUUGGUGCACGAACCAAGGAAACAACCCGAACAAGGAGACGCUCUGGUGCGCCGAUGCGGAUCCGACACCCGUGCCCACGUGCCACCGACACCUCUCGUCUCGUGACCGUGUGGAAACCAUCGAGCUAGUAAGGCGCGUCGAUGGCGUGGAGGUCGACGCUAAGGGCGCCGGCCCGGGAAAUCCAAUUUCUGCACAGGUCUGCGACCAAGGGGGCGGGUGCAAGAUCCUCAUCAUCAGCACUGGUAAAGUGAACUUUAGAGGAGACAGGAGCGAGGCUUGGUGCACGAACCAAGGAAACAACCCGAACAAGGAGACGCGCUGUGCGCCGAUGCGGAUCCGACACCCGUUCCCCACGUGCACCGACACCUCUCGUCUCGUGACCGUGUGGAAACCAUCGAGCUAGUGCCGCGCGUCGAUGGCGUGGAGGUCGACGCUAAGGGGGCCGGCCCGGGAAAUCCAAUUUCUGCACAGGUCUGCGACCAAGGGGGCGGGUGCAAGAUCCUCAUCAUCAGCACUGGUAAAGUGAACUUUAGAGGAGACAGGAGCGAGGCUUGGUGCACGAACCAAGGAAACAACCCGAACAAGGAGACGCUCUGGUGCGCCGAUGCGGAUCCGACACCCGUGCCCACGUCUCAAUCGACACCUCUCGUCUCGUGACCGUGUGGAAACCAUCGAGCUGGUCGUCGCGUCGAUGGCGUGGAGGUCGACGCUAAGGGGGCCGGCCCGGAAAUCAAUUUCUGCACAGGUGCUGCGACCAAGGGGCGGGUGCAAGAUCCUCAUCAUCAGCACUGGUAAAGUGAACUUUAGAGGAGACAGGAGCGAGGCUUGGUGCACGAACCAAGGAAACAACCCGAACAAGGAGACGCUCUGGUGCGCCGAUGCGGAUCCGACACCCGUGCCCACGUCUCAAUCGACACCUCUCGUCUCGUGACCGUGUGGAAACCAUCGAGCUGGUCGUCGCGUCGAUGGCGUGGAGGUCGACGCUAAGAGCGCCGGCCCAGUACGGUGUAAACCAAUUUACUACUAUAAAACACUCUCGUAGUUGGCUUGGCCCAGCCUCUGGCUGGUGAGCCAGGACUCUACAACUCUACAUAACGCUGCGACAUACUCUCGCCAGCUGCGUAGGUACGUAGUGUCGGCGGCAGUUUCGCGGCAAGGUGGGCUCGGAUGGUUUUGAAAAGGUGCUCAUGGGCUGCUGAGAGAAAUCGACUAAAAAUGCUUGAAGCGGCGGCGCUUGCGGCGUAGGCGCUUGCACGUGUAUAGUACCGACCCUAGGCGACCCCAGGGAGACCUGUUCGACAGGGAUUGACAGGAUUCAACCGGCGCGGCCGCCCUGUGGCCUCGUCCGCCUCCGCGCCGCGAAACUAUCUUGAAAAGGUGCUCAUCGGAACGCGGGGAGCGAGAGAAACGUUUUUACGGGGACGGAAAGAAAGGGCGAGCGGCGAAGAACAGCGUUCUGACGACCGGCGUAAAACAGCUUAAAUGCUAGUGGCGCAAAACUCACUAGGGCCUGUGUGCCCCGUACCGUUAACGGUACGGGGCAAUUAGAGGCCGAUUUAUCCCGUCCGCCCCGUUGUUCGAUUGGGUUUCGGGCGGGUUUUAUCUCGGACCAUCUUACGCUUUGACCCCCCUAUGUCAUUAAUGUCGAUUUCCUCGGUUCGGUCCAGAUUCCAGAACAGUCCAUCCUAGUAUGAUCCUACCCAGCCUGACCUGGCCGGCUACCACAUAGAGUAACAUUAGAGUCGCAUGUUCCGUGUGCUCUGUACGGCUGCCCGACUGCGCGACCCGGCGGUUAGCUCUGGGGCGGGCCGGGCGUACGGUCACGCAGGCGUCGCGUCGGCUCCGCGGCUAGGUGGCCUAGCUCUUAGCAAAGUAAAUAAAUAAAUAAAUAAAUAAAUUAAGGAAGACAAAGCACGCACUUUCUGCGUUUACAAACCGUUCUAACAAACCUGACAACUACCCUCCCACGACGGACAGACCAGCGGGUCCACCAACUUAGACGCACUCUUCUAUAUGAGCUCGGGGCUCGCGAGGAGCUCCGCGGCCGACAGGGAGAACGCCGGCGCCGGGUCCGGGUGCCGCCCGACGGCCGCGGCGCCGGCGUCGCGCUGGUCGCGGCGAUUCUCGUGGACGAACGCCGCGGCGAGCGCCUCGGCGAGGCGCAGGCGGAGCGUCGCGGCCGCGGCGGGCGAGGGCGGGGCCGCGCAAUUCUCGAGGAUCUCCAUGAGCGCGAGAACGUCCGGCGACGCGAGGACGGGCGGGCGCGCGGGCGGCGCGUCGGCGUAGCGGAGCGGGUCGGGCGCGCCGGCGGCGGCGCGGUCGAGGACCGCGGCCGCGCACGCGAGCACGACGGCGGCGUCGCGCGGCGCCGCGGCCGCGACCGCGCGCGCGAGCAAGGCGCCCUCGUCGUCGGCGCGGGGGCCCGCCAGCGCCGCGGCCAGCGGCGCGAGCGUCGCCAGCGCCUCCGCGCGCGGGCCGAGGCGACCGGCGACGACGAGGUGGCCGAGGCCGGCGCGCUCGCGCGCGUCGGCGUCGUGCGCCGGGUCGAGCGCGGCGGCCGCGGCGCUCGCGCGCGCGGCGGCGCGCGCGAGCGCGUCGGCGUCGGCGCCGGCGUCGGCUCGGGACGCCCGCGCCAGCGCCUCCGCCAGCGCCGCGUGCGCCGCGCCGCAGAACUCCUCGAGGCGCCCGUCGCACGCGAACGGCCGCUCCGACGGGCGGUCGCGCGGCACCGCCGCGCGGCCGCGCGCGAGCACGGGAUCGUCGAGGAGCUCCGCGCGGACGUACCACGCGGCGGCCGCGGCGCCGUCGGCGCCGUCGGCGAGCGCUGCGUCGCCGCGACCGUCGCAGACCGCGCGCGCGCGCCGCGCGAGGCCCUCGGCCGCGCAGAGACGCGCGAGGUCCCAGGCGUCGGCGUCGUCGCGCGGCGCCGCGCGGGCCAGCAGCGCCGCGUACGCGUCGCGCGCGCCGCCGGCGCCGAGGAGCAACACGCGCGCGGCGAGGCGCCACGACGCGCCCUCGACGGCGGCGGCCGCGCGCUCGAGGAGCGGCGGCGCGAGGCGCGGCAGCGGCGGCGCCCCCGGCGGCGGCGGCGGCGCGCCGCCGGCGCCCCGGUCGCACAGCGCGGCGAGCGCGGCCGCGCAGCCGAGCGGGGCCGCCGCGUCGCCGGCGACGGCGGCGACGGCGGCGACGGCGGCGGCCGCGUCGCCGUCGACCGCGAGGCGCCCGAGGAGGCGCAGGCGCGCCGUCGUCGCGGCGUCGCGCGCGGCGGCGGCGCCCGCGGCGCGCGCCGCGCGCGCGCACGCGUCGCGGAGGGACGCGCCGCCGGACGCGUCGACGGCGUAGACCACCUCGGCGAGGAGCCGGCCCUCGGGGCCCGGGUCGCCGAAGACGCGCGCCGCGCCGUCGACGUCGCCCUCGGCGAGCAGCGCCGCGAGCGCGCGGAGGGGCGGCGCCGCCGAGACGAGCGGCGCGGCGCCGGCGACGAGCGCCGCGCGCGCGCGGCGCGCGUCCGCGCGCCACGCGGCGACCGCCCGCGCGUGCGCGCGCGCGGCCGCCGCGCGGGCGCCGUCGGCGCCGCGCGCCCCGCCGGGCUCCACGUCGGGCGCCGCCGGGAGCGCCUCGAGGAGCGCGCCGACGGGGGCCCAGAGCGGCGCGAGGCGCGCGCUCCGCCGCGUCGAGUGCGCGCGCAGCGCGGCCCACGCGCGCGCGCCGCGGCCGCGGAGGCACUCGCGGAACGCGAGCUGCCAGAGCGGGCGCCGCGCCUCGUCGUCGUCGCUGGUGUCGUCGGGAGCCCAGGCCUCGGCCGGCGCGUCGAGGCGCGCGAGGAGCGGAGCGAGCGCGUCGAACUCGUCGCGCUCGGCGGCGCCGUCGAACGCGUGCGCGCGGAGCCACGCCGCGAGGCGGCACGCCCGGACGGGCGGCGCGUCGAGGCAGCACGCCUCGCACAGGUGCCACACGGCCAGGACGCCGUCGAGCGCGUCGGCGGCCGCCGCGGCCGCCGCCUCGCCCGCCGCCUCCGCCCGUUCCAACUCCACGACGUGGUCCGCGAUCGCCGCGCGGCAGGCCGCCGACGUCUCCGCGAGCGGGGCGCCGUCGGCGACGGCCUCCAAGACGCCGCACAGCCGCGCGACGAGGCGACAAUCCGCGGAGCCUUCUUCGGCCAUGUUGUUUGACUCCUUGCUUUGGGCCAGCGCUAGCGGUUAAGACCACUAGCACCUCCGACACAAACAUAGCUCUAGCACAAACAUAGCUCUAGCACAAACAUAGCUCUAGCACCAUAACACGCGCGAUGAUCGAGGACUCGCCGGAGGAGGAGGAGGAGGAGGAGAUCUGCUGGCGGGCCCGCGUGGUCCUCGCGGAGCCUGCCUCCGAGCGGAGCGGGGCCCUGGCGGGCGCGGCGGCCGGAGCGGACGCGCCGGCGGCGCGGCGGCGCGGCGCGGCGGCGGACGCGGACGCGGACGCGGCGCCGCCGCCGCCGCCGACCGCGCUGCCCGCGCGCGGGGCGGCGGACCGCGUCGCGCGCGCGGAAGCGCCGCGGCGGCGGACGCUCAUGGCGCUGCCGUCGCGCUGGGCGCCCCCGCGCGCGCGCCGCGCGGCGCCGACGUCGGGCGCCGGCCUGCGCGCGCGACGCGCCGCUCGCCGCCGCGCGCCCGCCGCCACGGCGCGGCGGCGCGCGCCGGCGCCACGCGGCGCGGCGCCGUGGGUCUCCCUCGUCGCGGACGGCGCCGGGUCGGCGGCCGCCGCGCCGACGCCCUCCGCGCCGUCGCGGAAGCGGCCGCGGUCGGGCGGCCGGCGCGCGUCGGGUCCCCUCGCCGAGGCGCUCGCGAGCGUGCGGCGGGGGCGCGGCGGCGCGGCUCCCGCGUCGAAUCGCGCCGGCCAGCCCCCGCCCGCCCCUCCCGCGGCGCAUGAUCAGGGCGGUCGCAGGCGCAGCGCACCGGCUCCGGAGCGGCGAGUUCCCGCGCGGCGCCGGCGCCUUCGGCGACCCCCGCGCGGCGGCGGUCUCGCACGUCGACGCGACGGUCGUCCGCGACGCGUGCGCGGACGCCUCCGGCUCGGUUGCGAGCCUGUGCUACGCCCAUUGCUCGCGCACGCGACCCGGCGCGCCCGCGACCGGCCCCGCGCUCCCCGAGCGCGCCUUCGUCUGGGUGCUGUUGCACGCGGCGACGCGCCGGGCGCUCGGCGUCGCACCGGGCGUCUCCCUGAGAAUCUACGACCCGCUGUGCUUCCCGAGCGCUGCCGCGCGGCUCGCCCGCGGCCGCGAGGGCCCCGCGGACGUCGUGCUCCUCGACGCACAGGUCUGCGAGCGUGCGCCGGCCGGCGAGGUCGGGGCGCCGCCGCCUCCGGCCACGCCCGCUCGGCCGGCCGCCGCGCUGGCCUUGACGUUGGCGUCCUGA